UGCUUGGCUUGGCUAAAGCAAGCUCUUUCGACUUUGCAGAGAUGGCGGACGAGAAGUACGGAACGCUGCCCCCGUAUUACGAAAAACUAUUUGCUCCUGAACCUUUCAAUGAACAUCGGCUGUUUAUGAGACGCUUCUAUUACUGGGGCGCCCCUGCAUUGAUCGGUGUAAUGUCAGCUUGUGUGACAAACUAUUUCUUGAGGAAGCCAGCGUUCAGCGGUAUUCAAAAGCACAUUGUCAGUGCAGCUGUUUGUGUCGGCCUUGGGGAAGCCACCAUGCGCUACGCCGACCACCGGUCUCAGGAGCGAGAUGCCGUUCUUCGUCGCUACAUCUUGUUGCACCCUGAGGACUUUCCAGAGCCUGAGCGGAAGAAGUACAGAGAUGUUCUCGAGCCCUGGAUUCCGGUGCGAUGAGCUCUGCUGCUUCCGAGUCUUCUUUUCAUGUGCUAGCGUAAUUGUGAGAUCGUUAAUUAGAAAUAAAACUUUUUCACUAGA